UUUUUUUUAAUUUUUAAAGUCAUCUUGCAUGUGCCGGUUAUAGCAUGCUUUAUGUCAUACAAAUAACUACCGAACAGUAUCGUUGUAGCGUAUUACAUGUCUAUAUAAUGUAUAAGUUCUAAAUAUAGACAAUAAAGUAUCAGAUUUCUUUGCUAAUCCAAUAUGGAGAAGGAAACUUCUAAUAAUGGAGAAGAGAGCUAUUCUAGUAACUUUGAAACGACCAGUAGCAGUGAAACGACAAUUAGUAAUGAAGAUGAAGUAACCAGUGCAGGAGAAGAAACCAGUACUUAUAUUAUUCGUCCGUCGUAUUAUGUCAAAUUUAAUGCUGCAACUGUCAGAGAAAUACUAAAAUCAAUACUCAUUGAAGAAUUUGGAAAUAAAAGAUAUUCCUCUAUUGAUGUUCCAGCUAAAGCCAAGAGCUUAUCUGAAGUUGUAGUGAACAAAAUGAAAGAACUGCCAUAUGAGCGUUAUAAGUAUGCAGUCCAAGUUGUAAUUGGUGAACAAAGAGGACAAGGAUUCAAAAUGACGUCGUCUUGUUUUUGGGAUGCUGAUACUGAUAACUGUGCCACAGAAAUUUUUGUAAAUGAACAUUUUAUUUGUGCAGUUGCAGUGUUUGCAUCAUACUAUUAUUGAAAAAUGGAGUAGAUUUUGGAUUUGUUACUAUAUUUUCAUACAUUGUACAUACCACAUUUAGUGCAUUUUGUAAAAUAUAAACGUUUUGCUGAAAGAUA